CGUCCUGGUUCACCGCCGCUCACUUACCGUUAUCGCUAUACUAGUUCAUCCAUUAUUCUGUCUUCUCUAUUAUCGCUAUAUAUUCGAUGUUUCUCACAUGCGCAUGAGCUAUUUGUCAUAGUAUAUGGAAUCUCAUAUCAUUAACCCUUGCCUCCAACGGAUCGCGUGCGCGUCGUCAGUUCACCAACACCGUGUAGUGACUCAAAGGCUACUAAAGCUCCCAUAAAGCUACUAUUAGCCGGUCUGUAUUUUGUGACCACAGAUCUUGAUGUCUAUCAAAAAUCCUCGCCCCCGGGACAGCUCAUUCCUGGGCGAGUCUUGGGUUGUAGCUUCUCCUCAUGAGGAGAAUGAGCAACAAGAUGAAUGUCAGCCAUCUGAGGCUUCAAGCCCGACGCCUUGGCCAGCUAGGAGGAACCGCAACUAUGGAACUGAGUCCAUGUCUACCUCCACUUCAUCCGCCUCGGGACCAGAGCUGAUCAUGCCUUCAAUAUACGAAGCACCUCUAUCAGAAGGAUCUUGGGUUGCGCCCACUGCUCGAACCAAGCGCUCUCUCAGACGGAGGCCUCAAAAAUCGCCGAAGGACUCGGCGCAAGAAGGGCAACAGCAGUCUCCUUCGCCCAAACAAGAUGUCACGGCGGCAACGCCAACGCAAAGGCCUCGCCAACCAAAGGCAACCCAGCCUCGCGCAUGGAAGAUUGCGGAGAAAUUCCUACGCACAAUACUCAAUUGCGCUCUUAUCGCCGCCAUUGCUCACAUGCUCGUCCUUCCCGAGAUAGUCCAGCAAUACCAGACGCUUUGUUCCUCGGACAAAAUAGCAACUCUAUACCCAGCUAGUUGCAUCCCACCAUAUCCCCAGCCACAACUCCCCCGCCACCAACCAGCCCCCCGGGACCCCGUCACUAACUCACAAUCGCGGCUCGAGACCCUGCUCAAUUCGACCCUUAACGAAACAGACCCUCUCGCCAACACACUAAAACAAAGCGAAUCCAAGCUGCGCGACAUCCACACCGACCUGAAGCACGCCUACCCAGGCAGUAAACACGAACUAGACCUCGAAUUCACAGGAUGUCUUCAAGCCACCCGCAUCGCAGCGGGGAAAUUCGACUCGCUCCGAGCCGACAUCCGCUCAGCGGUAGAUAGUCUGAUCGCCAGCGGCGACAACAUCCAGACCCUGAGUCAGGACGCGCGUCACGCCACCCAAAUGGCCCGACGAGAACAAUACCUCGACCAGCUCACCACGCGCAUGCAGUCCAAAGUCGAUUCCCUCUUCAACGACCUCGCCACGCUUGACGACCACCUCGAAUCUAUCGGGAGUAUUGUAGCCCGCGAAUCAAAACAAUCCAAGCCAAGCUCUUCUACUCCUGCGCCCGGGCCUAAUAAUCUAGGGCCCGAGCCAGGACCGAAAUCAGACCAGCCACCUCGUCUGCGCGCCUUCGUUGACUCCCUCUUGGGCGUCAACUUACCUGCCAUCCUUCGUCCAAUCACCACGGAGUCGGAAAGCGCCAUCUCCAGCCCCGAUCCCUCACUAGCUGACAUAUUCCGAGAAGCGUCCACCAAUCAUCGCCCGGUCAUCAAGGUCGUCCGAAACCUAUCGAAUCAGCUCCAGAUGCUGCAACAAAGAAGAAACUCUGCUAUCUGAGCGCAAACUAUUGAAAAGCUAAAUAACGUGAAUAUGAGACAUGCAUAUGAUGGAUAUUACUUUUGAUUAUGAUUCGGACUGGCCAAGAACGAGAAGUUGGGGUAAACAUGCAAGUCGGCGUUCAGUUUAAUUCUUGGGUGCAGUGCGCGGCGCUAUUUUCCUUUGUUUUUCUUUUUCUUUUUUGAUCACCUGGCUUUGUUACAGUCACACGUGGGUCUCACGUUACACAUGGCCUACACCUACCUGUCAGGAACAGUUUUCUAGUCUAGGUACUGCUUAC